CGAGCUACAACUAAGAUUAAAAAAGUAAACCCAUAAUAACGUUUUCUUAUUAACCAUGAAGCUGUUACUUUCUGCAAUUCUGUUGUACACUAUCAGCCCAACCAAAUCCCAAUGGUCCUUUCCAGACGACUUCAAAUUCGGAGUAGCCACUGCGGCUUACCAAAUCGAAGGCGGCUGGAACGCUGAUGGUAAAGGAGUUAACGUAUGGGACCACCUAACCCACACCAACCCAAAUUUUACCAUCGAUAAUUCAAACGGCGACAUUGCGUGCGAUUCUUACCACAAAUGGCAAGAAGACGUCCAAAUGCUGAAAAACUUAGGCGUCGACUUUUACCGAUUUUCGCUGUCCUGGACACGAAUCCUGCCGCAAGGAUUCGCCUCCGAGAUAAACACGGCUGGCGUCCAAUAUUACAACAACCUAAUUGAUGAAUUAAUAGCAAACGGCAUCGAGCCAUGUGUUACCCUCUUCCACUGGGACUCUCCGCAGAUGUUCAGCUCCUUUGGAGGUUACUACAACCCGGUCUUCGUCGACUUGUUUGCGAAUUACGCACGGAUUGCGUUUAAAUUAUUCGGAGACCGUGUCAAAACUUGGAUUACUUUCAACGAACCCAAAGUUGUGUGUCAGGAUUAUAAUGAGUUUAUGGGACUUGUAAAUGAGGUUUAUCCUAAUGGAGUUAUUGAAUAUUUAUGUACUCACGAUCUUCUCAAAGCUCACGCUGAAGCUUAUCAUAUUUACGAUAAUGAAUUUCGGGCGCAACAGAACGGCAAAGUCGGAAUAACUCUGAAUUUUGAAUGGUCGGAACCGGCCAGUGUUAAGUCGGAAGAUGUCGAAGCUGCUGAACAAAGAAGACAAUUCGAGUUUGGAUUAUUCGCCAGUCCAAUAGUUUACGGAAAUUAUCCCGAAGUUGUUAUCAAAAGAGUGGCUCACAGGAGCAAACGAGAAGGUUUCCCCCACUCGCGUCUACCGAAAUUUACUUUAACAGAACAGCUCAAAUUGAAAGGAACAUACGAUUUCAUCGGCCUUAAUCAUUACAACAGUUGGUUGGUUAAAGCCUCACCAGAACAACCGUUCGGAGAACCGAGUUAUGACAAAGAUGUGGGGACGGAACGAUUUGUUGAUCCAUCUUGGGAGGACACAGAAUGGGACGGGAAGAUUGCACCUUUUGGGCUUCAAAACAGUCUUAAGUGGAUUAAAGCAACGUACAAAAAUUCCCUAAUUUUGAUCACUGAGAACGGAUAUCCGGACAAAACCGGGACUUUGGAAGACAACAGAAGAAUCAAUUUCCUCAGACAGUAUUUGAACGCUACUCUUCAGGCAAUACACCAAGACCAAGUAAAUGUGAAAGCUUACACCGUCUGGAGUCUGAUGGAUAAUUUCGAAUGGGCCCAAGGAUUUACGGUCAAGUUUGGUUUGUACAAUGUUGAUUUUACUACGAAUGAAAGAACGAGGACUGCGAAAAAAUCGGUAGAAUAUUAUAGAAGUGUUAUAAAGGAUCGAGUUGUUUAAUAUUUAUCUUGAAAAUAAAGAACACAAUUGA